AUGCAAAGGCUGCUCGCUCGCAGGCUCUCCGUCUUAGCCAUGGCCGGCACCGGUUCUUCCGCCAGCGCGCUGCCGCAGCUGGAGCGCUUCGAGAGGGCGCUCUCGUCGGUCGACAUCGCCGUCGAGCCGAGGGUGCAGCUCGUGCCGCCGGCUGUCGGUGGCGGUGAGUGGCCCUUGCCGCUGGACGAGUCGGUCGCCGUGCUCGACUCGUCCUUCAACCCGCCGACGUGCGCGCACGUCCACCUGCUCCGCUCCGCCGCCGCUCGCUUCGGCGUCCGCCGGCGGAUGCUGCUCCUCGCAAAGCAGAAUGCGGACAAGCCGGUUGUUGGCGCGAGCCUGCCUCACCGGCUGCAGAUGAUGGAGCUGCUCGCGCGCGAGGAGGUGGAGGGCAGCACGGUCUGCGGCGUGACGGCGCACCCGCUCUUUGUCGACAAGGCGCGCGCCCUCCGCGCGCUGUGCGGACCGGGCGCCACCAUCUUUCUGCUGGUCGGGUACGACACGUGGGAGCGUGUGGUCGACCCUAAGUACUACCCGGAGGGGCGGAGGGACGACGCGCUGCGCUCCCUCUUCGGCACGGUCGAGGCGGCGGCUGCGGUGAGGAGCGGGCUGCCCGCCGAGGUGACGCACGGGCGGCUCCACUUCAUGCCAAACGACGAGGCCCUCGCCGCCGUCUCGUCGAGCGCCGCGCGCGGAGCCCUCGCCGGCGACGACCCGGCCGCCGCUGCAGAGGUGCUCCCCGAUUGCAUACGCGCGUACGCAAAGGAGCACGGCUUGUACGAGUAG